AUGGAGAAGGGGGGGUUGGGAGUGUUAGGCCAGGCUGAGGGUUCCAGAGAUAGAUUUUGGAUAGGACUUGGAAGAUCCCUGUCAAAGAGUCGGAGUUUGGAUGAAGAAAAAGCGCCGAUAAUGGAGGACGACGUGCGCUCAUGCAUGAAGCCGAUAUUCGUAAUUGAACGCGUUCUCUCAGCUCACACAGAACUCUAUCCUCGCUCAAUAGUCAGAAGAGAAGAACUGGAAGAAGGUUGGAGGAGAGUGCCAAAUGAGGGGGGCAUGAAGAAUCAAAACAUCCAUCAAUCGGCACCUCCUUUACCACCGGCCCGACCUUCGUCAUCUCCAUCCCUCGCAAUCCCAGGGGAAAAGUUAGUUCCAUCUGAUAACUUCCGACCCCUCAGAACCGGUGUCCAGUUCGAAAGGCGCAAACAUGCUGACGAAGCCGCCCUGAACCAGCCUUCGCCCCUCUCCCCUUCACAACCUCAUUCGCCUGUUCCAAAUUCACUCAAGGCGCCUUUCUCCCCCCAGCCAGUUCAUCCCAGUCCCAGGGCUGAAGUGCUCCAGAACCGACGAACCGGACUAGCAGGGAAAGUCUCCUGCUCUGUUGGAACACCCAGCUGGCCUCCACUUGCCCCACGAAUAAGACAGACCUAUUUGGCCAAAAUGUGCAAGGCGCACGAAGGGUCCAUGCGAUUUGUCGCUACAGCUCGUCCAACCUUUCAUGCUUUUCUCCAGUAUCUAACAUAA